CCAAACGAAACCCUCAAAACAACUGCCGUGAUGCUGACCAUCGAGUCUGCAGGCCUCGAUAACACCACCCACAAGCCAGAUCUUGCUCCCAAUACAAAUACCCUCGCUUAGCGACCGCCCAGCGCAAUCCACCUCGGGCUGCACUCCUCGCCGAUACGCGACUAGAGCUGUCGCCGCAACCGUAACCACGGCUCAGUCGAAGCACAAGCCCAACAUACCGUUCACAAAGAUUUACCCCUUCACCGUCCGCGGCCGACCCCCCUAACGUCCCCUUGGAGACGUUUGACCACUACACCUGCGCAUUGUAGCUGGCGGCGCCAGCAUUCCUAAGGACACCACAUCCUGUGGGCCUACUCUCUCAAACGAACGCCGCAAGGUUCGUUUGAGCGGCAGCUAGUGUCCCGCGGACGCUCCCAUAACGAUCGGCACGUUUCAAGCUUGUCCUCGACUCGACGAUGGUUAACCACGAGAUCCCCGACAACAGCACCUUCUCGCCCGCCCCGGGAAGCCUCCAGCUGACCAUCAACCACGAUGUCGCCGCUGACCUAGACUCGAGCAACGCCUUCGAGGGUCCCGAAAAGCUGCUCGAAGUCUGGUUCGCCCCAGGACCCGAUGCUUUGCCGCCUAGCGCCAAGGAAAACGGUCUGAAGGCCGUCACCCCGUCCACAUGGGAGGGGAUGCUUGACAUGGUCAACUGCAAAGUCCUCUCCAUCGUCAAGUCCGACCAUGUUGACGCCUACCUCCUCUCCGAGUCCAGCAUGUUUGUCUUCCCCCACAAGCUCAUCCUCAAGACUUGCGGUACCACGACCCUACUGCUUGGCCUGCGACGCCUCCUGCGCAUCGCGGCUGUGGAUGCCGGUUUCCCCUUCCACAACGCCGCAUCCAUCGAUGACAUUCAUGCCGCUGCGACUCCGCUCCGUGUCUUCUAUAGUCGCAAGAACUUCUUGUUCCCUGACCGCCAGCAGGGACCGCACACGAGCUGGAAGGAGGAGGUCAGGUUCCUUGACGACACCUUUGAGAACGGCAGUGCCUACUUGGUUGGGCGCAUGAACGCCGAUCACUGGUAUCUGUACAUGACGGGGCCCCCGAGUGCCACGCUGACGCCGCCGUUGACUCCCCGUUCGAGCAACAAUGGCAGCCCCACUCGUAGCUCCAAGAUCCCGACCGGCAUUGUGUCGCCGUUCAACGGCAUCAGCGAUGCCCAGACGGACGAGACGCUCGAGAUCCUGAUGAUGGAUCUGGACCCUGAGCUUGCGAAGCAGUUCUACCUGGAACAGGCGAGUGCGGUCGCCAGUGAGCGGGUGCCUGCACAGGCUCAGGAGGCUUGUCGCGCCGCCCAUGAGAGCUUGGGGGACAUUGAUUCGACUGUCGAUGUCUUUGCCAACUGUGGGGAAUCCGACAUCUCGGGACAGCAGGCAGACGAUUCUGACGUCACCGCUGCCGAGGCCAUGACCACCGAAGGGCAUGCCCUCGGCACCGUUGUGUCCGAAACUUGCGGUCUUGCUCAGAUCUACCCGGUUUCGGACUAUCCCGAUGCGCGCAUCGACGCCUAUCUCUUCACGCCAUGCGGUUAUUCCGCGAACGGUGUAGUUCCUGCACCCACCGCCAGCGCCGAUGAGCAGGGCAACAAGGCCGCGCACUACUGGACUGUCCAUGUGACGCCUGAGCCCAACUGUUCGUAUGCAUCGUUCGAGACGAAUGUUCCGAGCCGUCAGAAUGGGCGCCGGGCUUCGGACACGAUCCAUCAGGUUGUCAACAUCUUCAAGCCUGGUCGCUUCACCGUGACGUUCUUCGAGACCAAGAACAAGGUCGCGGAGGAGGGAGCUGGCGCCAAUGGAGUAGGUGUUGACAAGCGCAUGGACGACGUCAAGGGAUACCGCCGCAUGGACCGCAUUGUCCACGAGUUUGACGACUACUAUCUGGUUUUCCGUUACUUCGAGCGUGAGGGGUGGGCUGGCAACAAGAGUGCCCGAGUGGGCGAGGACUACUAGUUUUUGCCCCAGGAAUAAGGGGUGCGCUGGCGACAGGUGUCACGAGCCAGGAUAUUGUUCGCUUUUACGUCGAAUUUCCCGCUUUCUAUCGUUCAGCUCCAUUUCGCUAUAUUCUCCGCCCCACUCCUUUCGUCUCUGCCCUCAGCUCACUUUUGCAAUUCGUGAUCGCUCAGUAGUUUUUAGUAUCCGCUCUUUGUAUCAUGAAAUGAAGUAUCUCUAUCAUGACAUUUUUGGCUUGGCGAUCCUCAAAAUUGUCAUAUUGAGUUUGCAUCCAGUCGAUAUCUCACUACCGCGCCUUGCUCGGGCGUCUGGCCUCUGAUUGCAAACCUUGGAGGGACCUACCCUUCGGCUGUCGCGUUGAAGAUGGUUGUCCACUGAAAAUGGCGAGGCAAUUUUCACUUGGAAAUCAUUUGCGCGAGUUCUCUAGCUUGGCUGUCCGGGCUUAGUCGGACCUUUCCAGCCGUAUCAUGUUAAUCUUGGAGUAUAAUUAUUUACAUGUUAAGAAUUCCGCCUCAACGUUCGGUAUCUGCUUUGCUGCUCCUUCGUGAUCAGCUCGCCUUCGUCUCCUCUCUUUAAAUAUUUAUUGAGCAGUCAUCAUCAGGCAACAAAUAUAAGAGCCUAUGUCGUUGUCGAGGUCCUUGCGUGGAAAACCGGUACUCCUUGGUUCCUGCGCGGCUAAUUAUCCCAUGUCGCUAUCUGACGAAAUCGGUGGAAGAAGAGAACAUAGCAGAUUUGGCGGCAAGGAACCGUUUUCAGGGAGUGGUAUGUAACAGCAGCACAGACAGCAACUCUGCGCAGAGUGCCUCUGCUCAGGAGUCUCAAUUGAACCUUUCUCCUCACCGCC